CGCUUCCGGCGGCCGCGAUGGUGGAGCAGGGAGGCGGCGGCGGCGCCAUGAGCUUCCUCAAGCGCUUCCCGCCGCCGGCCGACGGCGUCCGCCACCAGCAGCCGGACACGGAGGCGCUGCUGGCGGGGCGCAGCCUGGGCUCCGGCACCCUCUACAUCGCCGAGAGUCGCCUGUCUUGGCUGGACAGCUCUGGAGUUGGCUUCUCCCUGGAUUACCCCACCAUAAGUUUGCAUGCCGUCUCCAGGGACCUGAGCGCCUACCCAAGGGAGCACCUGUACGUCAUGGUGAACGCCAAGUUCGAAGAGGAGACCAAAGAGGCUCCCAUGACUGAAGGGGAGGGGGAUGACAGCGAUGAUGACGUCGAACCAAUUGCGGAAUUCAGAUUCGUACCUAGCGACAAAUCAGCCUUGGAAGCCAUGUUCUCAGCGAUGUGUGAGUGCCAGGCCCUGCACCCAGACCCGGAGGAUGAGGACUCAGACAACGAUUACGAAGGGGACGAGUACGAUGUUGAGGCCCGCGAGCUAGAACAAGGUGACAUCCCAAGCUUUUGCACAUACGAAGAGGGAUUGUCACAUCUAACUGCAGAAGGGCAGGCCACGCUGGAGAGGUUAGAAGGCAUGUUAGCCCAGUCUGUCAGCACCCAGUACAACAUGGCUGGAGUGAGAACAGAGGACUCCAUAAGGGAGUUUGAAGAUGGGAUGGAGGUGGACAUAGCGCCAGUAGUUGCUGGGCAGUUUGAAGACGCCGAAGUCGAUCACUGAGGAGGACAGGUGCUGCUAUUCCUCUUGUGGCACUUCCAGAAUAAGCUGUAAAACCGAAGGCAUUGCAGUGACUUUCGGGAGUUAACUUUUCUUUUGAUGACCUAAGUUUAGACAUCUAGGUCUAAAAAUGCUUGUAGAGAUGUUUAAAACAGGGUUUGACAUUUGUGACCACUAUGGGGUUAUUUAAAAAAAAAUAAACAAAAACAAUAAAACCUCUUGCAUCUAACAGUUGAAUGGGGCUAAUCAGGGGGUCAUUUCAUAGAAUCACAAAAUGAUUUGGGUUGGAACAGACCUUAAAGAUUGUCUGGUUCCAGCCCCACCUGCCAUGGGCAUGGAUGCCAUUGAGUAGAUCAGGUUGCUCAGGACCCCAUCCUAACCUGGCUGUGAACGCUUCCAGGAAUGGGGCAGCCACAGUAUCUCUGACGAAACUCUCUGGCCUUUUAAAGAAGCCUUUGUAGGAAUUCUAGGACUUGUAAAACUGUAAGUAGAACAGAAUUUUAGAUGGUCCUAGAAUUUUCCAUAUUUUUUUACCUGUCAUUGACUCUGUGCAGUAGAAAUGGGAAUAGAAAUGUUAUGACUAAAAGGAAAUAGGGUUGGCCAAGGAUCAAAAGAAAAGCUAAAUUAAAACCCCCUCAAGUAACUGGCUUUACCAUUUCAGUGCUAUCCCUUUCAUUUCUCUGAGAGCUGAGCUUGGGUGGUAGAGGAGAUGGAAUGAAGUCUGUGAGGUCCGGACAAAGAGAACUGUUUUGUCUUUGUAUUAAAUGUUAACAUUGUUAAAUAAACUAAGAUUUUUGUAUCUCACAACCAGCUCACUGUUGUAGUUCUCCCUCCUUUACUUCAGCAAGCAUCUGAGCUCUUGAGUUUCAGAACUCUCUUCUGUAACAAAAAAGUCUUCAGUGAAGCCAAAGCUAUUUUCAUCAUUUACCUGGAUGUGAGGAUAAAAGGGCAGAGCAUUUGCAGAGUAUGCCUGUGACAGAGUUAACCAGACACAUCCCAAAUUUAGGAACCCAGCUUUGGAUUGCCAAGAUGUUGGUCCUGCUGGAGCUUUCCCUGUUUUGCCUCUCUGUGGGAAAAUUGGAAAAUUUCUCUGUUGGAAAAUACCAGGAAAUUCAGAUUGUGCCUCUCUUCCCCCACUAUUGAAAUGAAAGUCUGGACCAAACUUCCUCCAUUUUCUUUUGCUUUGAAGUUGACCUGUGAUGUUUUGGGGAGGGGGUGAGGGUGAGGUAUUGGUAAAUGAACAGUUUACUGGCCCUACACUCUGCUUACACGUUAGGGUGUGAUUUGGUUCCAAGGUACGUGCUAAUUAUACCCAUUCUUUGUUGAAUAUUCAUUAGGAAUGCCGGUCAAAUUAGGGAUGUCUUAACAGUGUUGUGAACCACUCAUGUGCCUGAAUAAAUGAGAUAUUCAGCAUGUUAUGCAACAAGACAUCCUACAGGAAUGUCUUUACCAGCCCCUUUGUAUACAUACAAACAUAUUCAUGUGAGUGUGUGCAUGCUAUUGUUAGGGAUUCAGAGUUACAAAGAAGGAUACAGAGUUGAUUUUUUGCACUGGCAUUUGAAGAAUCUUGGCAUGGUGAGAUUUUGGGACAGGUAAAACUCUUACCGGCACCAUAACUGAGGCAAAGGGCUCACUGAAUUCUAAGUCACCAUCCACUGUUGAAGCAGACUGCUGGGGGUUUUUUGGUGUGUGAAAAUCUGAGUUGGGAUGUAGUGUGUCUGUGGUUUUCCACGUUAAAUGGCAGCCUGUUAUGUACCCUGGCAGAUGGGCAAAGUUAACUCCAGGGCAGCUGGACUGUUCACAGUUCCUCUCAGCAGUCUCCCUACACCCAGAAGGAGAAUUUGUGUUGUACUAAUGUGGAGCUCCAGGAGCAUCUUGUAAUGCUUCCAGUCAAAUCAGUGGAGCAAGAUUAAAUGAGGUGGGGUAAAAACAAACCUGGAUGAAUGCUGAAGGUAGCAUUGAGAAGUGUCUUGUGUGGAUUGACAAGUUUUAUUUUCAAUAAAACUUUGUAUUUAGGCUCUGUCUAAGUGUUCUGUGCUUCAUAAGCAUUCAUUAACUCAAAUGUAAAAUAUUCCUUUUUGCCUGCACUACCAAAACCAGUUAAAUUCUUCAGUUCCUAGCUUAGGCUUAUUUUUCUUCUGCUACUUUUGUUGUUUUUCUUUUGUUUUGCAUUAAUUUAGUCAAUUUAAGCCUUGUCUAAUUCCUAGUGAUUUAAAAAUAAAAUUUAUAUUCUAGUGCCUGUAAAUACAGCAGCUACUUGUUAAUAACAAUAACAGAUUUGUACCAUUUUUUUAAACUAUAUGUUGUGCCAAAAUAAACAAGGCAGACAUG